GAAUUUGAUGCUCUCACCUACCUCAAGUUGCUGCCUUAUAAGAAGGGGGGAGAAGGGGGGGUCAGUACAGGUGUGCGGAGGGAAUUUCCACGGGAGAUUACCGGACACGUUGUUGCUGUUUUAUUGUCCCCGCUGUGGAUGCGACGUGCCGGCAGAUCGAGGCACCAUCGGGGGGGACGGGCGGGAUGAGGAGGAAGUGGUGACGACCCUCCCUGGCCACGCCGCCACGCACAACUUAGCCUAAACGGCGUCUCCCCGCCUUUUGCCUCCUGCUACCUCCACCCAAGACGCGCUCCAGAAUGCCAGCGUCGGCCCCCCUGCUGGCCCCCCUGCUGGCCCCCCUGCUGGCCCCCCUGCUGGCCCUCUGGCUCCUGGCGCUGCCCGCCGGCGCCCAGACCUUGGCCAGCUUCCGGCCGGAGCGGCGUGACUGGCACCUCAACCACCUGACGGUGCACCAGGACACGGGGGCGGUCUACCUGGGCGCCGUCAACCGCGUCUACAAGCUGUCGGGCAACCUGACGCUGCUGGUGUCGCACGACACGGGCCCCGAGGACGACAACAAGGCGUGCUACCCGCCGCUCAUCGUGCAGCCGUGCUCGGAGCCGCUGGCGCCCACCGACAACGUCAACAAGCUGCUGCUGGUGGAUUCCUCGCAGAAGCGCCUGCUGGCGUGCGGCAGCCUCUACCAGGGCGUGUGCAAGCUGCUGCGCCUGGACGACCUCUUCAUCCUGGUGGAGCCCUCGCACAAGAAGGAGCACUACCUGUCCAGCGUCAACCAGACGGGCACCAUGUACGGAGUCAUCGUGCCCGCGCAGGGCCAGGACGCCACGCUCUUCAUCGGCACGGCGGUGGACGGCAAGCAGGAUUACUUCCCCACCGUCUCCAGCCGGAAGCUCCCCCGCGACCCGGAGUCGUCCGCCAUGCUGGACUACGAGCUGCACACCGACUUCGUGUCGUCGCUCAUCAAGAUCCCGUCCGACACGCUGGCGCUGGUGGCCCACUUCGACAUCUACUACGUGUACGGCUUCGCCAGCGGCGGCUUCGUCUACUUCCUGACCGUGCAGCCCGAGACGCCGGAGAACGGCAUGUCGUCCGGCGGCUCGGCCGGCGACCUCUUCUACACCUCGCGCAUCGUCCGCCUGUGCCGGGACGACCGCAAGUUCCACUCCUACGUCUCGCUGCCCAUCGGCUGCGUGAAGAACGGCGUGGAGUACCGCCUGCUGCAGGCCGCCUACCUGGGCAAGCCGGGCCGCGUGCUGGCCGCCUCGCUUCACGUGGGCGCGCAAGACGACGUGCUCUUCGCCGUCUUCUCCAAGGGGCAGAAGCAGUUCCACCGGCCGCCCGACGACUCGGCGCUCUGCGCCUUCACCAUCCGCGACAUCAACGCGCGCAUCAAGGAGCGCCUGCAGUCGUGCUACCAGGGCGAGGGACACCUGGAGCUCAACUGGCUGCUGGGGAAGGACGUGCAGUGCACCAAAGCGCCGGUGCCCAUCGACGACUCCUUCUGCGGCCUGGACAUCAACCAACCCCUGGGCGGUUCCCAGCUGGUGAGCGGACACACCCUCUACACCGAGACCCGGGACCGCAUGACCGCCGUCAUCUCCUACGUCUACAACGGCUACUGUGUGGCCUUCGUGGGCACCAAGAGUGGACGUCUGAAGAAGAUCCGCGUGGACGGCCCCCCUCACGGCGGCGUGCAGUACGAGACGGUGACGGUGAUGAAGGACGGCGGCCCCAUCCUCCGAGACAUGGCCUUCUCGCUGGACCGCGCUCACCUCUACGUCAUGUCGGAGCGACAGGUGACCCAGGUGCCCAUCGAGUCAUGCGAGCAGUACGGGACCUGCGGCGAGUGCCUGAGCUCCGGGGACCCUCACUGUGGCUGGUGUGUGCUGCACAACGUGUGCUCCCAGAGGAACCGCUGCGACCGUGCCGGCGAGCCCUACCGCUUCGCCGCCUCUCUGGACCAGUGUGUGAAGGCCACCGUGCACCCAGACAGCAUCGCAGUGUCCGAGCCCAGCGUCACAUUGCUGGUGAAGGUCAGCGACGUUCCCGACCUUUCGGCGGGAAUAACCUGCUCCUUCGGCAACCUGACGGAGGUGGACGGGCAGGUGAACGGCAACCAGAUACUGUGCGUGUCCCCCGCCGCCAAGGACGUGCCCCUCAUCCCCACUGACCAAGAUUGGUCGGGCGUGGAACUGAGGCUGAACUCAAAGGAGACCCGUCAGAUGCUCAUCAGCACCGAGGUCAAGUUCUACAACUGCAGCGUCCACCAACUGUGUUUGUCGUGUGUGAACAGCGCCUUCCGCUGCCACUGGUGCAAGUACCGCAACUUGUGCACCCACGACCCCUCCAGCUGCUCCUUCCAGGAGGGAAGAGUCAACGCCUCGGAGGACUGUCCCCAGCUGGUGCGCUCCGAGGAGAUCCUGAUCCCGGCGGGGGAGGUGAAGCCCAUCACGCUGAAGGCCAAGAACCUGCCACAGCCGCAGUCGGGCCAGCGGGGCUACGAGUGUGUGCUCCACAUCCAGGGGGUCAGCCACCGGGUCACCGCCCUGAGGUUCAACAGCUCCAGCGUGCAGUGCCAGAACAGCUCGUAUUUGUACGAGGGCAUGAAGAUCAGCGAGCUGCCCGUGGAUUUCUCCGUGGUUUGGAACGGCAACUUCAUUAUUGACAACCCGGAGAACAUUCAGGUGCACUUGUACAAGUGCGCGGCUCAGCGGGACAGCUGCGGCGUGUGCCUGAAGGCCGACAGGAAGUUCCAGUGCGGCUGGUGCAGCGGCGAGGGGAAGUGCACCCUGCGGCGCCACUGCCCCCCCACCAACCCCUACACCACACGCUGGCUCCAUCUGUCCAGCAAGAACGUCAAGUGCACCAACCCGCGCAUCACCGAGGUGACUCCAGUGGCUGGACCCCCAGACGGCGGUACAAGAGUGACCAUCCACGGCACCAACCUUGGUCUUUCCUUCUCGGACGUGGUGGGCAACGUGGAGGUGGCGGGGGUGAGGUGUGCGCCCGUGCAGGAUGGCUACAUCAUCGCUGAACAGAUUGUUUGUGAGAUGGACGCGGCCCCCGCAGAAAGUCGACCCGGUCCGGUCCAGCUUUGCGUUGGGGAGUGCAGACCGGAGCUCAGAGCUCGAUCCAAUCAACUCUACUCCUUCGUGACACCCACCAUCACGGGCGUGUCACCCAGCAGAGGCCCGGAGUCCGGGGGCACCAAGGUGACCAUCAUGGGGGAGAACCUCGGCGCCGGCAGCAACGUUAGCGUUCAGUUUGGAAACCAGACGUGCGAGUUCUUCAGUCGAACCAUGACAGAAAUUGUCUGCUGCUCGGCGCCGUCCCUGUCCGGGAUCGGCCCGGUCCGCACCAGCGUGAGCGUGGACCUGGCCCUAAUCCGAGAGAGCCUCACCUUCGAGUACAUCGACGACCCCACCGUGGUGCGCAUCGACCCCGACUGGAGCAUCGCCAGUGGCCACACCCCCCUGAUGGUGACCGGCACCAACCUGGACGUGGUUCAGGAGCCCAGGAUCCGGAUCAAGUACGCGGGGAAAGAGUCGGUCAACGUGUGCAAAGUGUUGAACACCACCAGCAUGAGCUGCUGGGCUCCCUCCCUGGUGGAGGACUACCACCCAGGCCUGGACACGGUGAAGCACGCCGACGAGUUUGGCUUCAUCUUCAACAACGUGCAGGCGCUGCUGGUCUACAACACCACCAACCUGCUCUACUACCCCAACCCUUACUUUGAGCCUCUCAGCGCCACUGGAGUCCUGGAGCAGAAGCCAGGAUCGCCCAUCAUUCUCAAGGGCAGAAACCUGCUACCCCCGGCCUCAGGAGGGGCCAAGCUUAACUACACGGUGCUGAUUGGAGAGACCCCCUGCUCGGUGACCGUGUCCGAGAGCCAGCUGCUGUGCGAGCCGCCCAACCUCACCGGACAAUACAAAGUCAUGGUCCAGGUGGGCGGCCUCCACGUGUCCCCCGGCGCCGUGCACAUCGUGUCGGACAGUCUGCUCACCCUGCCCGCCAUCGUCAGCAUCGCCGCCGGCGGGGGGCUCCUCCUCAUCAUCGUCAUCCUGGUCCUCAUCGCCUACAAGCGGAAGUCGCGCGAGAACGACCUGACGCUGAAGCGCCUGCAGAUGCAGAUGGACAACCUGGAGUCCCGCGUGGCCCUGGAGUGCAAAGAAGCCUUCGCCGAGCUGCAGACCGACAUCAACGAGCUCACCAGCGACCUGGACCGAGCCGGCAUCCCGCACCUGGACUACAGGACGUACGCCAUGAGGGUGCUGUUCCCCGGCAUCGAGGACCACCCCGUCCUCAGGGAGCUGGAGGUGUCAGGGAAUGGUCAGCAGAACGUGGAAAAGGCCCUCAAGCUCUUCGGCCAGCUCAUCAACAACAAAGUCUUCCUGCUCACCUUCAUCCGAACCCUGGAGAUGCAGCGCUCCUUCUCCAUGCGGGACCGCGGCAACGUGGCCUCGCUCAUCAUGACCGCCUUGCAGGGACGCCUGGAGUACGCCACCGACGUCCUCAAGCACCUGCUCUCCGACCUCAUCGACCGCAACCUGGAAAGCAAGAACCAUCCCAAGCUGCUGCUGCGCAGAACCGAGUCGGUGGCAGAGAAGAUGCUCACCAACUGGUUCGCCUUCCUUCUGCACAGGUUCCUGAAGGAGUGCGCCGGCGAGCCUCUCUUUAUGCUCUACUGCGCCAUCAAGCAGCAGAUGGAGAAAGGACCCAUCGACGCCAUCACUGGAGAGGCACGCUACUCCCUGAGUGAGGACAAGCUCAUACGGCAGCAGAUCGAGUACAAAACCUUGAUCCUGAACUGCGUGAACCCGGACAACGAGAACAGCCCGGAGAUUCCGGUAAAAGUGCUCAACUGCGACACCAUCACGCAAGUGAAGGAGAAGAUCCUGGACGCCGUCUACAAGAACAUGCCCUACUCUCAGCGCCCCCGCGCCGUGGACAUGGACCUCGAGUGGCGUCAAGGGCGUUUGGCUCGCGUGGUGCUGCAGGAUGAAGACAUCACCACCAAGAUCGAGAACGACUGGAAGAGGCUCAACACGCUCCUGCACUACCAGGUGUCUGAUCGCUGCGUGGUGGCGCUGGUGCCCAAGCAGACGUCGUCCUACAACAUCCCCACCUCGGCAAGCAUAUCGCGGUCCUCCAUCAGCAGAUACGACUCUUCGUUCCGCUACACCGGCAGUCCAGACAGCCUGCGGUCCCGCGCCCCCAUGAUCACGCCCGACCUAGAGAGCGGCGUGAAGGUGUGGCACUUGGUGAAGAACCACGAGCACGGAGACCAGAAGGAAGGAGACCGCGGCAGCAAGAUGGUCUCUGAGAUCUACCUGACCAGGCUGCUGGCCACCAAGGGAACACUCCAAAAGUUUGUGGACGACCUUUUCGAGACGUUGUUCAGCACGGUCCACCGAGGCAGCGCCUUGCCGCUGGCCAUCAAGUACAUGUUCGACUUCCUGGACGAGCAGGCCGACAAGCACGACAUUCACGACACGGACGUGCGUCACACGUGGAAGAGCAACUGCCUGCCGCUGCGUUUCUGGGUGAACGUGAUCAAGAACCCUCAGUUUGUGUUCGACAUCCACAAGAGCAGCAUCACAGACGCCUGCCUGUCUGUGGUGGCCCAGACCUUCAUGGACUCCUGCUCCACCUCCGAGCACCGCCUGGGCAAAGACUCGCCGUCCAACAAGCUGCUCUACGCUAAAGACAUCCCCAACUACAAGAGCUGGGUGGAAAGGUACUACGCCGACAUCAACCGACUGCCGGCCAUCAGCGACCAGGACAUGAACGCCUACCUGGCGGAGCAGGCCCGGCUGCACUCCAGCGAGUUCAACAUGCUGAGCGCCCUCAAUGAGAUCUACUCCUACAUCAGCAAGUACAGCGAGGAGAUCACGGCGGCCUUGGAGCAGGACGACCACGCCAGGAAGCAGCGUCUGGCCUACAAGGUGGAGCAGCUCAUCGGCGCCAUGUCCCUCGAGAGUUGAGGACCGCUUUGGAUCCUUUGCGGCUCUUGCGAGACGGGGACGACUCCGAGUCCCGGACUUGGUCCGUCGUGGGCACAUGCAGUUGUGAGGACGCCUCAGCAUGGAAGGACCGACUUAUUUAUUGAUGUUGUUUUCCAGGACUUUGGUGUGCGUGUGUGUGGGACUCAAGUCUGCUGCAUUCAGAUUUUAUUUUUAUACUCGGACCUUUGGGAACUGAUCCACAACCACUGAGGAUUCUGGCACUCUCCUUGGAAUGAGGAGACAUGGACGAGUCCACCGGUUCUUGUAGCAGCGUCCAUGGAGUGAAUGUAGAAAAACGUUUUCCAAACGGAGCUCGCCAAGAGCUUCCCAGACCUCAAAAGCACCAAAAUCCUUGGUUUUCCUGCAUUCCUUCCUUGGCGUCUUCGUGUGCUUCGCUUGCCGUCUUGGUGGACUUUGGCUUGAGUGCCAAAAUCGGUUUAUGCUUUACAAAGUAGAGCGUCGAGCACCAGACAUCGACGGUCGCCUCGUUGCGAGAGAGCUUCCCCUUAGUCACUAGAGUUUGUCCUUCUGAGCGUUCCACUAGCGUUUUAGCGCAAGAUGCCGUCAAGCAGGUGGGAACACGUCCAAAACUGCAGUUCUUGUCCAGCCUUCUUCAGGAUUUACGGAGCUUAAAGGACUCCAACUGAGAACUGGGAGGACCAAGCAAGUCCAAGUACCAAAAGAGAUAGGACAUCAUGGCUAACCCUGUUUUUACCCCCAACCUUAAACCAGCCAACCAUAACACUUAACCCAAGCCUUAAACCGAGCUCCAACUCGAGCUCUAUUUCGAACUUUAGCCCUAACCUCAGUCCUAACCCUAAUUUAAGCCCUAACCUCAUGUCCUAACCCGAUAUUAGCCACAUCCCAUCUUUUCAGUCCCUCAACCUACAGAUGGACAACUACCCGGGGGUUAACUUCCGCCAGGCGCAGGCCAUCCUCCAAAAAACCAGGGUCGAUGUGGAGUGUGGUUUUGUUCUUCGGCCUGAACAACAACCGUGAGCGGAACACCCAGGCGACCACAGUCAAACGGCUCCUAAAAGGCUGUCAGGACAUCCAAGACCACCUUGGCCCCAGUGUCCCUCUGAUGGAUUUUUCAGAUUCCUUCCCUGUGGAACAGAAAAACCAUCUCAGGCAGCUGAAUCAAAUCCUUAGGGACCACUACAUCCCGGUCCUCCACAGCCAGGAUUUUGAGAGACAGCAUCCAUUGGACGGAUGACACGGCCAGGAAAAUGCUAAACCACUGGCUUCGGCAUUUAAACCUGCCGUCCCCAUAAACCCAACCACUCGGGGGGGGGGGGGGGGGGG